GGAUAAAGGUGGAGGUCCACGGCUUGAGCCCGGGAGUCAGAUUUCAGUGUUUUUGAGGGGGCAGAUUGAGCUGAGGGUGAACUGAGACUGUCUUUGUUCAGGAGCAGCUCCUGAAGGUGCGGAGCAGAGCGCGGAGACACACAGCUCCUCACGGCUUCUGCUUCUACACCGCCAGCUCCUUCGUGAGCGCGGAGACAUGGCUUUCCUAAGACUGCCACCCUGGUGCUGUUUGUACCUCGCUGCUUUGUGGCUUUUCCAUCCAGCGACCGCGUUCCAGCUGCAGGACGAGAGGGGCUCUAGUAGCCAGCUGGAUCUGACAGAGCUCAUCGGUGUUCCUCUCCCUCCAUCUGUCUCUUUCAUUACUGGAUUUGAAGGUUUUCCUGCAUACAGCUUUGGUCCAGAUGCAAACGUAGGCCGCCUCACACGCUCCUUCAUUCCUGACCCCUUCUUCCGCGACUUUGCUAUCAUUGUCACUGCUAAACCCACGACUCGCCAUGGAGGAGUCCUGUUCGCCAUCACCGAUGCCCUACAGAAGAUAGUGCACUUGGGAGUAGCACUGGCACCAGUAGAGGAUGGGUCACAGCGAGUGAUUCUGUACUACACUGAACCAGGGGCCACACGCACUCAGGAGGCUGCUUCCUUUAAGAUGGGGGACCUGACAGGCCGCUGGGCCAGAUUCACUCUGGCUGUGCAGGGGGAUGAGGUGAAGCUCUAUAUGGAUUGUGAGGAGCACCACAGGGUUGCUUUCCACAGGAGCCAGAAGAGUCUUACGUUUGAGCCCAGCUCAGGCAUCUUUGUGGGGAACGCGGGAGGAACCAGGCUGGAGAGGUUUGUGGGAUCUAUUCAGCAGUUGGUGUUGACUCCGGAUCCCAGGGCACCGGAUGAGCAGUGUGAGGAGGAUGACCCCUAUGCAUCUGGGUAUGGCAGUGGUGAUGAUGAAUAUGAUGACACAGAGACCACAGACGAAGUGAAGAAAGUACAUGAGGAGAGAGAAUACCCUGUACCUGAUGAAGAUCAGACACUUCCUGUCAGAGCGCCCCCUACUGAAGCAUCCUAUGAAGCUCCAUUUGAUGAUGAGGACUUGGAGGAAGAGUCAUCAGGUCAGGACAUGGUGCUUACUGAGAGAGAGCCAAGCAGGACAGAGAAAGCUGUAUAUCACAAAGGAAAUGAUUAUCCACUGAUGAUGCCGGUGCAUAAAGGGGAGAAAGGAGACCGUGGACCUGCUGGACCUCCUGGCCCUCCAGGACCCCCAGGCACAGCGAGCUUAUCAGGCCCUAAAGGAGACAUCUCAUCUUGGGUAGGAGAGCCAGGGGCUCAGGGCCCUCCAGGACCACCAGGACCUACGGGUGCACCAGGAAAGGACGGCCUUCCUGGUAGUCGUGGAGAAGAUGGAGAACCAGGAGAAACUGGAGCUCCAGGGUUCCCAGGUAUACCUGGUGAUCUAGGAAUAAAGGGAGAAAAGGGUGAUCCUGGAGUUGGUCUGCCUGGACCUCCUGGGCCUCCGGGACCACCAGGACGAUCAGGGACACCCCGAUAUGUGGAUGCCAUUGAUGGUUCAGGAUUUGAGGACUUUGACAGUGACACAGAGAUGAUCAGGGGUCCACCUGGGCCUCCAGGACCUCCAGGGCAGCCCGGUCCUCCUGGCCCCCCUGUAGGUCUCUCUCCUGGGCCAAUGGGACCUCCAGGGGCUCCAGGGAAAGAUGGGAAGGAUGGGGAGAUGGGUAAACCUGGAAUUUCAGUAAUUGAGGACUGGUUUAGUGGGUCUGGAUUUGAUGCAGGUUCUGGAUUUGAUGCUGGGUCUGGAUUUGAUGCUGGUUCUGGAUUUGAUGUUGAGUCUGGGAUUGAUGCUGGGUCUGCAUUUAAGCUUGGCUCAGACCUGGACUUAGUUGAGGGUGCUGAUGGCAGAGAUGGUGAACCAGGAAAAGAGGGCCAGAAAGGGGAGAAGGGUGAAGCUGGAUUGCAUGGGACUGCAGGACAAAAGGGUGACUCAGGGCAGCCAGGCCUCCCAGGAGUACCAGGGGCAGCAGGAUCAGAAGGUCGAAAGGGAGAACCUGGCCCACUAGGACCCCCAGGACCUCCAGGUCCACCUGCACGCUUCAGUUUUGACGUACUGGAUUCUGAGGGCUCAGGAGUGGGUGGAGACAGUGGCUUUGGGCCGUUCCUCCCUAGAGGGCCUCCUGGUAUUCCUGGUUUGCCUGGCCCCCCAGGACCACAGGGAAAAGAUGGUGUGAACGGUCUUCCAGGUACCUCAGAGAAGGGGGAGCCUGGUCCUGCAGGACCUGAAGGGAAACCUGGACUACCUGGAAGAAAUGGAGAAAAAGGAGAGAAAGGGGAAAUGGGGCAGAAGGGAGAAAGAGGUCUAGAUGGAGUCAGUCUUCCUGGUCCACCAGGGCCGCCUGGACCACCAGGACCUGUCAUCAACCUUCAGGAUUUAUUGCUGAACGAUACUGAGGGCCUUUACAACUUCACAGGGCUUUUUGAACCUCAAGGUCCUUUGGGGCCAAGAGGUCCAAAGGGUGACCGCGGCAUCCCAGGAGUCCAGGGCCCCCCAGGGUUAAAGGGUGAGAAAGGAGAACCAGGGAUCACUAUUGGUGCAGAUGGAUCGCUGUUGUCUGUAGUGCCUGGGCCUCAGGGACCAAAAGGACUCAAGGGUGACAGGGGUGUUCCUGGACUGCCUGGUGUACUGGGCCCAGUUGGACCAAGUGGACCCAAAGGGGAAUUUGGAUUUCCUGGCCGCCCAGGUCGUCCUGGUCUGAAUGGACGCAAGGGAGAAAAGGGAGACUCAACUGGAUUACCGGGCCCACCUGGUCCCCCCGGCCCACCUGGACGUCCUGGAAUCUUCAACUGUCCCAAAGGAACAGUGUUCCCGAUUCCUCCCCGGCCCCACUGUAAAACAUCUAUCAACGUCAAUUCUACUGCAGAGGGAGCCAGCUGUUCAACAUCUGGAGCCAAAGGGGAGAAGGGUGAAAGGGGUCUUCCUGGCCCUCCAGGUCCUACAAUUACUAUGCUGGGUGCAGGCACCGUGGGAGAAAAAGGUGACUACGGUUUCCAGGGCGAGAAGGGAGAGAAAGGCGAGGCUGGGAUGCCAGGGCCACCUGGAACAUCUGGGUUGGCGGGACCUAAAGGAGAAUCAAUCGUUGGGCCCCCUGGUCGUCCAGGACUUCAGGGGCCACCCGGUUCUCCUGGUAUUGGGAGACCUGGUGCCACUGGACUCCGAGGCCCUCCCGGACCUCCUGGACCUCCUGGCUAUAGCUCUGCUGCUGCUAUUCCUGGCCCACCUGGGCCUCAAGGUCCUCCUGGUCCACCAGGACCAGCUGCUGGUGGCUCUACCACAGUAAAGAAAUACCCAAGUCUUCAUGCCAUGAAACAUGAGUCGUAUGUGGUUGAAGAGGGAACAUUGGCCAUGGUUACAGAUACGAGUAAACUCUACCUCAAGGUCCAAGGGGGUUGGAGAGAGAUUCAGUUCGGAGGGUUGAUUGAGGUGAAUUCCCCAACUGUCCUCUCACAAGAUGAUGCUCAGCCUUUGAUACUGACUCCUCGACUCAGCAAUACUCCUAAAAUUCACACAGGAAGUGCGCUCAGGCUGGUUGCCCUGAACACACCACUGACUGGGGACCUGGGCUCCAUCCACUCAGUGAAUAAGCAGUGCAGACUGCAGGCUCAGGCCAUGGGCAUCCGAGACGAGUACAGGGCUUUCCUUUCUCACCACCUACAAGACCUGAUCGACAUUGUGCAGCCGCCCUACCGCACCACCUUACCCAUCGUUAACCUCAGGGGUGAAGUUUUGUUUAAAAAUUGGGAAAGCAUCUUCUCCGAUCACGUUCUCCCUCCUGGGAUCCCUCUCUACUCUUUUGAUGGACGAGAUGUGAUGAGUGAUCCUUUCUGGCCACAGAAGGCCAUAUGGCAUGGUUCGUCAGAGAGGGGAAGACGUCUGGAUGAUAAGAACUGUGAGUCCUGGAGAGCUGGUGACAUGGCCAUCACGGGCCAGGCUUCCUUCCUCUACAGUGGCCUGCUGAACCAGCAAACCCGUAGCUGCUCCAACCAGUUCGUCGUUUUGUGCAUCGAGACCAACCCUGACCACAACACUGUCGAAGAACUCAAACGGGCACAAUAUCGCUACAGACGCUGGCAUUACAGAUACUGACAUCUACACCAGAAAACCUCUGCCAUCAACACGCCAACAUUCCAAAAGGUGUAAAUAUCCGUACGUUGAUGAAAGGCCAUGUCAUUGAGAAACUAAUGAACCAUCAGUGAGAGCCAUUCUCAGGUUUUGAGCACAUGGACAUUUUGUAACAAAGCCAUUUCUCUCACAGCAUAAAGCUGCAUGAUCACGACGUUUAAGCAGAGGGACGCACCGGGCCUCCAAUCCUUACAAGUCAUUUUGAUGCACUGUAUUUUCAUUUUUCAGUUUUUGGAAAUUCAUAGAUGUCUUUUUUUUUUCUACUUCACAUCAUCUUUUCAUUUUGAGUAGCAAAAGAUGUGUCAGUAUUUAAUUUAAUUUCAGUGUUUUAUUUAUACCUGACCGCACAUAAUCUAAAUAUGUCAAAAGAUUGAGGAUAAAUAUGUAAUUUAUAGUUUCAGCUGUUCAGAUGAAAUCUGCACCUGUUUCUUGCCUCUUUUAUGAAAGAAGAUUUUCUAUAGCAUCUCUGUUGAUGAAAUUAUAUUCCAUUUUUGUAGUUUCUGGAAAUGUGACUGCAGAUUUUUUUUUCCAGAGAUCAUUCAAGUCCUCAUUUUCUGUUGUUUCAGUUUUUAGGCCAACAAUUUGAGCAGUGUUUAGUGGUAAGAAGUAAGGUGUAUUCUUCAUUUUCACUGGUGCUUAUUGAAUAAAAUCUCUUUUACAAAUA